CUCAAACGUCGCCCAAACUCCAAAUCAUACCUGACUGGCGACCGGACGUAGACACGGUUUAAAACCGUGUAGAAAUCGUCUCGUUUACAAGCGCUCAGCUUCCAUCGGGUGAGGGGUGACGUCAGAGUAAUCCACGUGUGACUUAUACUUUUGUACCACCAUAUUUAAAGGAAGUCUGUUUGUAUUUGAGCGAAAAAUUUCGCUGUGCCUUGUUACAUCUGUCCUCCUCCUAUCCUCCUUCUUGUCAUAAGCUAUGCCUUCACGUGACGUAGUAAUCAAAAUUAAGUUGGCCCGAAUAUAAUGAUACUGUGACGUACAAUUAUGAUUAGAUAGUUCAAUAAUCGGACAGUUCAUUGCCUUAUCCAAUAUCUACAGUGAUAAAAUGUAAAUUCGGAAAUAUAAAACCAAACGAAAUCAAAAAUGAAGCUAAAAAAUUGAGCGCUUAGGACUGUUCUAUAUUGGUUUAGUGUUCAGUCAUGUUACUGUAAAAAUUAUAUAACAGAAACGUUUUACAAUGUACGUCAACAAUGUGGCAGGACAGUUAUGCUGAUCAAAGUUCCUCGGAAAGGUCGAAUCGCUCACUGCAACAUCAGAAAAAUUUCAACCCAUACGAAAUACUAACACCACAAAGAUCAACAAUAAAUGAACCUCUCAUAGACUUGGGCACUUUAGACGAAGCAACUUGUGUUGCUGCGAAUAAGUUAACCGAAAAUGUCUGGAAUUCGACAUCAGCUAACAAAUCUAAAGGUUUCGAUGCUAUAGAUCUUUAUGAGAAUAUAUUGGUUACACCACAGUUAGUGAAUAAUCAAAAUCAUAUGACAAUUGAAAACCACAUUGAUUUUAAAGAGUUCUUUAACAAACUGGAAUCUGGCAAAAAACACGAUUGGCUGAAUAUAAACAGUGAACCAUCACAACAAAAAGGUGCUGGCGAAUCAAGCCCAACCACCAUAGAUAAGUCACAUAACUGUGGUAAUUCUAGAGACAUCAAUGUGCUUAAGACAGAGAUUUUGUUUGACAAAACAGAGUACAGUGCCAAACACGACUACUUUUUUGUAGAAAGAACAUGUGAAUACAAGACUACUGAAGAGGAUAUCAUUGAAGAAGUAUUAUUAGAUAAAACAUUGGAAAAAAUUAAGUUUGCCGAACUUAAUAAGCCCACAGAAGUUUUAAAAGUGUUACCAACACCUACGAUUUACCUAUCGAAACGAAGUGAAAAUAUUAACAAAUCAAGUAACUAUACUAUUGAAACACCAAAAAAUAUUGUAAAUGACAAUCUUAAUGAUAAAACCAUAAAUCAAGAAUUAGUAACGAAAAAAAUACAAAAGUGUUCAUCAUUUAAUGAUAAUUUUCCAAUACGUGAUAGCUCUAGUAGCAAAGAUAUUUCUGGUACCAAGACUCAUAAGCAUGUUAAAAAAGAUUUGAAAAAAGGAUUAUUUCCUGAUUUUACGGUUACAUUAUCGCAACUAAAAAGUGAUACGAAUUCAAAUAUUUUAACGAAGUUUGAUUUGUCAGCGCUACAUAUAUUGUUGGACGAAGAUAAGAUCGAAAGUAGUGAAAAAACACUUGAACCAAUAAACAGGAAAUUUGCUGUAAGAGAAACGCCUAUCAGUCCUGGUCGGCUUUUGGAGAAUCAACAAAAAACUAUGCCCAAAGACGCAAAACAUUUUGCUAAAUAUAGUAUAGAUAUAGAUUUCAAUAAGCAAAUCAAUCCUUUGACACCAGGUCCAACAUUUGAUGAAAAAAUGUUGGUUCUCCCGAGUAUACUAGAAAGGUUGAAAGAACAGAAAAGAGCAUUCGAGUAUACGAAUAAUUUGCAACGGCGACUCAUUCUGGAUGAGGGAGCAAAAAGAAGGGCUAAUAUGGAUUCAACCACACUUAAACCUGUUGUUUUAAAGGAAGAUUGUAAUAAAGACAGACUGCAAUCUUUUAAAGUAGGUCAGAUGUUUGAGAAAUUUGUAAAACCUGAUUAUGACUCGUAA